AUGGUGAAGAAGGCAAUUGAUUCGCGUAUUCCUGCGCUUAUCCGAAAUGGUGUUCAGGAAAAACAACGCAGUUUUUUUGUCAUUGUUGGUGACAAGGCUCGUAACCAGCUGCCUAACUUGCAUUAUCUCAUGUCGGCUGCCGACAUCAAAAUGAACAAGUCUGUUUUGUGGGCUUACAAAAAUAAGCUUCUCGGGUUUUCAUCUCAUCGUAAGAAACGCGAGGCUAAGAUUAAGAAGGAAAUCAAGCGCGGUACUAGAGAAGUCAACCAGGAAGAUCCCUUCGAGCUCUUUAUCAGCCUUCAAAAUAUCCGAUAUGUUUACUACAAGGAAACAGAAAAGAUUCUUGGUAACACCUACGGCAUGUGCAUUCUUCAAGACUUUGAAGCUCUUACUCCUAAUAUUCUUGCCCGAACUAUUGAGACUGUUGAAGGUGGUGGUAUUGUUGUCAUUUUGCUCAAGUCUAUGACGUCUCUUAAACAGCUUUACACUAUGACCAUGGAUGUCCAUUCCAGAUACAGAACUGAAGCACACAAUGAUGUCGUUGCCAGAUUUAAUGAGCGCUUUUUGCUUUCCCUCGGCUCUUGCGAAACCUGUCUUGUUGUUGAUGAUGAACUCAACGUGCUGCCAAUUUCUGGUGGUAAGAAGGUUAAAGCUCUCCCCCCUAAGAGUGAUGACGAAGAGUUGACUCCUCAUGCCCAAGAACUUUUGGAGAUCAAGGAGUCUCUCCAAGACGUUAAGCCUGCUGGUCCUCUUGUCAACAUUGCCAAAACUGUGGACCAAGCCAAGGCUAUUUUGAGUUUCAUUGAUGCCAUUUCUGAAAAGACGCUCAACAACACUGUCACCUUGACUGCCGGCAGAGGUCGAGGUAAGUCUGCUGCUUUGGGUGUUGCCAUUGCUGCUGCUAUUGAAUCCGGCUACUCCAACAUCUUCAUCACCUCUCCAAGUCCUGAAAACUUGAAGACUCUGUUCGAGUUUAUUUUUAAGGGGUUUGACAGCUUGGGUUAUGACGAACACCUUGACUACGACAUUAUCCAGUCUACCAACCCAUCUUUCAACAAUGCCGUUGUUCGUGUCAACAUUUUCCGCUCUCACAGACAAACCAUUCAAUACAUUCACCCCUCUGAUUCCCACGUUUUGGGCCAGGCCGAAUUAGUCGUCAUUGAUGAAGCUGCCGCUAUUCCUCUUCCUCUUGUAAAGAAACUUAUGGGUCCUUAUCUUGUUUUUAUGGCUUCUACCAUUAAUGGUUACGAAGGUACUGGCCGCUCUCUUUCUCUUAAACUUAUCCAACAACUUCGCAACCAGCAAACCGCCAAGAAAUCUGCUCCCGAACUCAAUGUUGUUGACAGACAUGGCAAACACUCUGAAAGUUCGCAUAUUGGUGUUCGCUCUCUCAAGGAAGUCACUCUUGAAGAACCUAUCAGAUACGCACCUGGCGACCCUGUUGAAAAAUGGCUCAACAAGCUUUUGUGCUUAGAUGCCACUGUUUCUUCUACAAAUAGACUGGGAAACAAGGGCUGCCCCCACCCAUCGCAGUGCAACCUUUUUUACAUCAACCGCGAUACACUUUUCUCAUACCACCCAGUCUCGGAGGCCUUUUUGCACAAGAUUAUGGCUCUUUACGUUGCUAGUCACUACAAGAACUCGCCUAACGAUUUGCAACUGCUCUCUGAUGCCCCGGCACACCAGUUGUACGUGCUGCUGCCACCAAUUGACGAAAACGACAAGAAGCUUCCCGAACCUCUUUGCGUCGUACAGCUUGCACUCGAAGGUGAAAUCUCCAAGGAAUCUGUACACAACAGUCUUUCGCGUGGCCAAAGAGCUGGAGGUGAUUUGAUCCCAUGGACUAUUUCGCAGCAGUUCCAAGACGAUUCGUUUGCUGGAUUGUCUGGUGCCCGUGUAGUGCGUAUUGCUACACACCCUGACUACAUGAACAUGGGCUACGGUGCACGGGCACUGCAACAACUGCAGGAUUACUUUGAGGGUAAACUUACUGAUUUGAGCGAAGGUACGGCCAAGUCUGAACAAGACUUUGCCGUCUCACGGGUGUCUGACUCUGAGCUGGAGAGCGCGUCGCUGGCUGACGACAUUAAGUACCGCGACCCUAAGGCUAUGCCACCUUUGCUUCUUAAGCUGAGCGAGAUCUCACCCUAUUACCUGCACUACCUCGGUGUGUCUUAUGGUUUGACAACCGAGCUCAACAAGUUCUGGAAACGCGCCGGAUACGCUCCUGUCUAUCUACGUCAGACUGCCAACGAGCUUACUGGUGAGCAUACCUGUGUGAUGCUUAAGGUUCUCGAGGGCCGUGAAAAGACGUGGCUUGCGGAGUUUGCAUCCGACUUCCACAAGCGGUUCUUGAAUUUGCUUGCAUAUGAGUUCCGUAACUUUUCUGCCAUCCAGUCGCUUAGCAUUCGUGAGGGCGACAAAGUGGCAACUUCUGAACUCCCUCGUCCUGCUCCACUGUCUAAGACUGAGCUUGAUGCUUUGUUCUCACCCUUCGAUCUUAAACGUCUUGAGUCCUACGCUAACAGUCUUCUGGAUUACCACGUCAUUGUGGAUCUUCUCCCCACACUCUCGUUCCUAUACUUUAUGGACCGGGUUCCCAAUGCAAGUGUGAGCUUGUCUAGCGUUCAGUCUGCAAUUCUGCUUGGCUCUGGUCUGCAGAAGAAGGACAUGGAAUCACUUGCUGCAGAGCUCAAUCUGCCUGUGAACCAAACACUGGCCAUGUUCUCCAAGACUGUGCGCAAAUUCUCGUUGUACUUCCGUGAUUUGGUGUCGCAGGCUAUUGAUGCCGAAAUCCCCAAGCCAGCCAAUGAGUCAAUUGCAUCAUCGAAAGGUUUGGAUGAGGCUUCUGCGACCAGCAAGUUCGUGCCUUUGAAAGCUACUUUGGAAGAGGAUCUGAAGGAAGCUGGUGAUGAGGUUGUGUCUGAGCUCAAGGCUAAACAGCUAGAUUUGAUAAACUCGAUAGACAUGAGCAAGUUUGCCAUUCCCAUGGAUGCUGAUAUGGACAGUUCUUCUGUGAAGAAUGCGGCCGCUAAGGGUGGUGUUGUUUCGCUCAAGAGCUCAGCCAAUGGCAAGCGUAAGACUGCAGAUGCACGCCAAAUUAUGGAACAGGAAUUGAGUGCCGUUACCAAGAAGCGCAAGCGCAGCAAAGGUGCCAAAUAA